AUGUUGGAAGGCUUGGUUGCCGGCCUGCUCAACAGGUUCUUGGGCAUGUACGUCAAGAACUUUGACCCCGGUCAACUCAAAGUGGGCAUCUGGUCUGGUGAUGUCAAGCUUCGCAACCUUGAGCUUCGCAAGGAAGCUCUUGAUCAGCUCAAACUUCCCAUAAAUGUCAUCGAGGGCCACCUCGGCGAGCUGACCCUCGUCAUACCUUGGUCCAACCUCGGUGGCGCUCCCGUCAAGGUCUUCAUCGAAGAUGUCUUCCUCCUCGCCUCCCCCAAGGAGGAUGCCGCCUACGACGAAGAAGAGGAAGAACGCCGUAGGCAACGGAUCAAAAUGGAGAAGCUCGACUCGGCCGAACUUCUAAAAGAGCGUUCCCAAAUGGGCCUCAGCGAGGCAGAGGAGAAGAAAAACCAGAGCUUUACCCAGAGCCUAGUCACGAAGAUCGUCGACAACCUUCAGGUUACUGUCAAGAAUAUCCACAUCCGCUACGAGGACUCUCUCUCCGCACCGGGCCAUCCCUUCGCCAUUGGCCUCACACUCCAGGAGUUCAGCGCCGUCAGCACUGACGGUAAAUGGACCCCCACAUUCAUCCAAGGAACGGCAAAAUCAACCCACAAGCUCGCCAAGCUUGGGGCCCUCGCCAUGUACUGGAACACCGAUGCCGAGCUGUUUGGUCCUGGCCGCGAAAAUGAUCCGGAUGGCAAGCCGCCCCUGCCACAUGACGAGAUGGUCCACACAUUCAAAUCUAUGAUUGGGGGUACCGACCAGGCCAUGCCUGACCAUCAGUAUAUCCUGCGGCCUGUCAGCGGACAGGCUAAGAUCAUUCUUGAUAAGACGGGCGAAGUUCAUGCGCCCAAAGUCAAGGCGAGUCUCCUGUUCGAGGAGAUCGGUUUGGUCCUUGACGACGACCAGUACCGCGACGGUCUAAUGAUGGUGGAUCUCUUCCACUACUUCAUACGCCACCAGGAGUAUAAGAAGUUGCAGCCAAAGGCCGUCUCACCGAAGGAAGACCCUAGGGCGUGGUUCAAGUUUGCCGGAAACGCCAUUCUCAGCAAGAUCCAUGAACGGAAUCGGCGCUGGUCGUGGGACUACUUCCGCGAGCGCCGUGAUGAUCGGAUUCGUUAUAUUGAGCUCUUCAAAAAAAAGAAGCAGCAACAGCAGUUUACUGAUCAAGAAACGGCUGAUCUUGACGUACUUGAGCGGAAGCUGGACUACGAAGACCUUCGCUUUUGGAGAUCGCUCGGCCGCAGCCAGCUAAAAAAAGAGAACGCUGCCGCCCUGAAGAACCAACCCGCUCAACGACAACAGCAGCAGCAAGGAUGGCUUGCCUGGGCGUGGGGCUCGAAGCCUGCUGAACCGGAAAACACAGAUGAAAAUACCGAGAUCACAGAGGAGCAAAAGAAGGAGCUCUACGACGCAAUUGACUGGGACGAGAAGACGGCCCUGGCGGAGUCUGUCGAUGUGCCGCGUGAGACGGUAAAGAUGCAGGUCGAAGCUUCCCUCAGCACAGGAAGUUUCACUUUGAAGAAGAGACGCGACGGCUCACUCAAGGAUCUUAUUAGUUUUCACUUUGACGUCUUGAAAGCCAAGGCCCUUCAACGACCCGAUUCAAUCCUCGCUGCUCUGAGUCUGGGAGGACUACGCGUCAACGACGGCACUACCCCGAACACCUUGUUCCCCGAGAUCGUUCGCGUAAAGGACGCCCCUGACACCCACAAACACAAGUUGUCCAUACAGGAACUCGAGGAGUUCGACGAGGAACCUUUCUUCAACAUUGAAGUUGAACAGAACCCAAUCGACCGAGACGGCGACAUUGCUAUUGUGGGUUCUCUUAGGCCUCUCGAGAUUAUAUGGAAUCCCAACUCGUUGGUGGGGGUGGUUCAGUUCUUCAAACCCCCCGAACGGCACAUGGAGUCUAUCAGUGCACUCAUGGAGUCGGCCGGCGCUACCGUGGAAGGCAUUCGGCAGCAAACCCGUGCGGGCUUGGAAUUCGCCCUCGAGGAGCACAAAACGGUCAACGCGCAACUGGAUCUGAAAGCUCCUCUCAUCAUCGUACCCGUGAGCAUAACGACAAAGGAAUCCACAUGUCUGAUUCUCGACGCUGGUCACAUCAGCGUCAACAGCAAGCUCGUGGAUCAGGAAACCAUGAAACAGAUCCAGUCCAAGCAGCGACAGUCUUACUCGGACGAGGAUUUUGAGCGGCUCGAGUCCGCCAUGUACGACAAAUUCCUGGUCGGACUAACCUCGACGCAACUGCUCAUUGGGCCAUCCAUCGAAGCCACCAAGGCCCAGCUCGCUGACAGAGACGAAUCGCAGCAAAUGCACAUAGUAGACCAGAUCAACGUCGAUUUUGUGGUUGAAACGUCCAUCCUCCCCAAAGCGCCCAAUCUAACCAAGGUGAAGGUCUCGGGCCACUUGCCUGUUCUUCAUGCCGCCGUUUCCGACACCAAGUAUAAAACACUGAUGAGAAUCAUCGACGUUGCUAUCCCCAAGUUUGGCAACGAGCUGGAUGAGAGAGAUCAACAAAAGAACAAGCCUGCAGCACCAUCGCGGCGGCCCCGGACCAGGCCACGCCUCGCGAGUACCACGUCUGAUCGAGCUCACAAGGGACACGGCCGCCAAAUGUCGACCCAGUUCCCCUUCGCACAACCACAGACGGCGAUUGUGCUCCAUGACGCUGACAUCGACGAUGAGGAUGACAAUGAAAAGUUUGAAGACGCUCACGAUCGGGUGGACAAUGACCAGCUAAAGCUGCGGCAGCGACAGUUUGAACUGAAGUUCAAAGUUGACACAUUGAAGGGGUCCCUGUACCGCAGCGAUCCCGACAAAAAGAAGCCAGACCAGCUCCUGGUCGAGCUUACAGCGAAAGACUUUGAUCUUGAAUACUACCUCCGCCCCUAUGACAUGUCGGCCGAAGUGUCGCUUGGAUCGGUGACCAUGGACGACUUUGUUGACAACCCGUCAGCCGAGUUCAAGUCUAUUGUCUCCUCGGGAGAUGUCGAAGAUCGCAAGCAUAACCGAAGUCUCGUCUCUGUUAAGUUUACCAAGGUGAACCCGAAUUCUCCGGAGUUCAUGCCCGUCUAUGAAGGGGUCGAGAUCAAUGUCAACGCCGCCAUCUCCACCAUUAACCUCGUGGUCACGCGGAAGACCCUGUUAACGCUGCUCGAUUUCAUCUUGGUCACUUUCACAGGCAACAACAACGACGCCCCAUCAGCACAGGAGCGGCGGGCAAUUGAGGAGAGCGAGAGCGACGACCAGGAUUCUUUGGACUCGGUAGACCAAGCCACAGACGGCUCGGCAGUGGAAAGCGGAUCGAUCCGAGUCAAGGUGGACCUGAAGAGUAUUCGAUUGAUCCUGAACAACGACGGCAUUCGGCUUGCCACCCUGUCAUUCAAUCAUGCGGACGUCGGCGUUUUCUUGCGAGGAAAGACUAUGAGAGUGUCGGCCAGACUCGGUGAUCUUGGCCUCGUCGACGAUAUAAACCAAGGCGUGUCCGAACACUCUAACCUCCGGAAACUCAUUGCUAUCGAGGGUGAUGAACUUGCCGAUUUCCGCUACGAAACUUUCGAUGCGAGCAAUCCGAACACGUAUCCCGGAUAUGACUCGUCCAUAUUCCUAAGGGCAGGGUCGAUCAAGCUCAAUUUCCUCGAAGAGCCGUUUCGGAAGAUAUUCGACUUCCUUGUCAAGUUCGGGAAGAUGCAGGCCAUCUACAAUGCCGCACGCCAAGCGGCGGCCAGUCAGGCAAACCAGAUUCAGCAGAGCACUACCAGGCUCAAAUAUGACAUCGUCGUGAAGACGCCGAUCGUGGUGUUCCCGCGUGUUGUCGUGCCUGGUCAACCGAGGAGAGAUAUGAUGACCGCGUAUCUCGGUGAGAUAUAUGCGCAAAACAAGUUCGCGCCCCUGGACGACUCGGAAUCUGCUCAGAUCGCCACGAAGAUCUCGGCUGGCAUCCGGAAUAUCCGUCUCACAUCCGACUUCCACUAUCCCGAUGACGGGUUUGAGGAAUUGGAGCUCAUCGACCAUGUAGACCUUGGCUUCACCAUCACCUACGCCGAGCACCAGCCCGGACAGAAGCGCCCGGAAAUGGAAAUCAAGGGCUCCAUGUCAGACUUUCACCUCAAACUAACGCAAUACCAAUUGAGGUUCUUGAUGGAAAUCUCCAAGUCCGUCCCCGCUGCGUUUAGUGGCGACCCCGAAGAGCAGGGCGAGUCGGCCGAGCAAGAUGUGGACGAAGACACGUUGAAGAGGGCCAAGUCUCUGCCCAUUGACAGGGGCCGGCAAGACGAUGAUGCGCUCAUCGAUCUCGAACCAGAACUCAGGGCUCGUGACACAUUGUGGACGACCUUCGACCUGGCUUUCAAAGUUGGCACGAUUGGCUUGGAGCUCGUCAAUGCCCCUGAAGGUAAGCCCGUGGGUGACAUCGAACGCGCCAGCCUGUCUCGCUUCUCCUUGGACGACACCCGAGUCAAGACGCGCAUGCUCAACGAUGGGUCCCUGGAGGGCGAGUUUCUCAUUAAUUCCUUCACCAUCCACGAUAGCCGGUCUCGAGAGACGAACAAAUUCCGACGGAUCAUGACGUCCCUCAACAAGGAGGUCCAGCAACUCAUGGCCAGCGUGACCAUGACAGGUGGCGGCAACCGAAGUGUGAUAGCCAUGGUGACCAUUGAUAGCCCGCGCAUCAUAUUUGCACUCGACUACCUCUUUGCUAUUCAAAACUUCAUCAUGGUUGGGCUGCAGACCCCGGAGCCCCUCGCUGCGGAGGACGAGUCGUUGUCAGAGGUGACCUCUCCCGAGGAAUCCGAAGCCGAUGCCGAGUCAACGCCGCUGGUAACAACAAGGAGGGCAUCCCACAAGCCGGGGCCCGAAGACGAAGAAAAUGCGCCAGUCGAGAAAGAAAGUCAGCCGUCCAUGAGCGUCGCUUUCAGAGCCAAUGUGGUCGACGCCCAAGUCAUCCUGAUCGCCAACCCUCUCAGCACCAGCUCGGAGGCCAUUGUGCUCGGCGUCAAGCAGGUCCUGCUCUCGCAGCAACAUGCCAUGACUUUCCAGGUAUCGGAAGUGGGAAUGUUCCUGUGUCGUAUGGACAAGUUCGAGGACUCGCGACUCCGGAUUAUCGAUGACUUCUCGAUCCAGGUGUCGAUGGACAGCUCCAAACCCGGAUUGACGAGCAUUCAUGUCGAUGUAGAACCGCUGAUCCUUCGUCUAUCGCUACGAGAUAUCCUCCUCGCACUGCAAAUCACUAGGAAGGCGACGGAACUCUCGGAGAGUCAACCCCAGCAGCAGCAGCAGCCUAGGUUGUCGGCGGCUGAUGAGAAGGCGAAACAGCUGAGAAUGGCCGGGCUGAAGCAACGGACCGCCAGUGGCCGAGGCGCCUCAACCCUCGGGAGGCAAACUCGAGACACCAGACUCACUUCUUCACAUGCUCCCCAGGCAGAAGAGCACGAGGGUGUCGGCUCCGGGCAGGUUACACGCCGACACGAAGAACUGACAGCGAAUAUAGACGGGAUUCGUGUCGUCCUCAUUGGCGAUGUUCACGAACUGCCCAUUUUCGACCUCGGCGUCAGGCAAUUUACCACCUCCGCCGAAAACUGGUCGACCGAUCUGAAGGCCGGCACUGCCAUCGACAUGUAUAUGAACGUCUACAACUUCUCCAAGUCGGCAUGGGAGCCGCUCCUCGAGCCUUGGCAGAUGGGCGUGGGCAUCGCCAAGGAACAGGACAAUGGACUGCUUUCCAUCGAUGUCACAUCCAAGACAACAUUCGAUGUCACGAUCACGACGUCCACCAUUGCGCUGGCUUCCAAGUCCCUCGCCUUUCUCAGUCAGGAGCAGGAUGUUCUUGGGAAGCCCCGCGGAGUUGAGGCGCCUUACCGGAUCCGAAACUACACAGGGUUUGAAGUUGUGGUCCAUGCCAAGAGCGGCGAAGCGGAUGAAGUUGCAACGACCCGGCUCGAGGACGGCCAACAGGUGCCUUGGAGCUUCGAACCCUGGGAGAAAAUGCGUGAGAAUCUCAUGGCAGAGGCCAGUUCAAACAGCAUCGGUGUUCAACUCGAGGGUAGCGGUUUUGAUAUGGUCAAGAACGUCAGACUCAACCGCGAGGGCGAAUUUAUUUACGGUCUGCGACCCAAAACCGACGAAGUCCUCCAUCGGCUGCUGGUCGAGGUCACGCUCGGCAAAGACAACGUGAAAUAUGUCACGCUUCGAUCGCCGCUUCUGGUCGAGAAUCACACUCAGAUCCCGGUGGAGCUCGGGGUUUACGAUGCCGACGAGGGCCACCUCCUCAAGAUUGAGAAGAUUGCGCCCGGCGAGUCCCGGCCAGCACCGGUCGGCGCCGUAUUCCUCAAAUCGCUCCUUAUCCGACCGGACUCUGGCUUUGGGUAUGCCUGGUCGUCCGAGACGCUCUGGUGGAAGGAUCUCCUCAAAAAACCGACGAGAACAGUCGUGUGCAGGGGAGAAAAUGGUGAUCCUUUCUACUUCCAAGUGCACGCAACGUACGACAAGUCUAUGCCAUUGACGAGAACGUACCCGUACAUGAGGCUGAAAGUUUCACCUCCUAUCGUCCUCGAGAAUCUGCUCCCUCACGAUUUCAAAUACCGCAUUUACGACCAGAACACCGAGAAAGAUUGGACCAACUUCCUCCGCAAGGGCGGCGUUAGUCCCGUCCACGUCGUGGAGCUUUCGCACCUCCUCCUUCUCAGCAUCGACAUGCAGGACACGGUCUUCAAGGCGAGCGACUUUGCCGUGAUCAACUCGGGGCAGUCGGAAGAAUUCAGGAAAGAGAGAAAGCUUGUCUGUAAGGACGAGGACAACCUUCAGCUUACGCUCAUGCUGCAUUAUUUCAAAAUGCCGGAUUGCGGCGGGGCGUUCCGGGUGACAGUCUACAGCCCUUAUGUGAUUCUGAACAAGACGGGACUGCCCGUCAACAUGCGGGCGAAGUCCUUCAUGCAGUCUGCGAGACCGGCAGCGGGACAAUCAGCGCUCAGCCAGGAAUCUCCAGCUGGUGCCGAUCGAUCCAAGGCCACGCCCUUGAUAUUUUCGUAUGGCAACAACGACAACCGGAAUCGCGCGCUCCUCCGGAUUGGCGACUCGGAGUGGAGCAAGCCACAGAGCUUCGACGCCAUCGGCAGCUCGAACGAAGUGGUGUUACCAUCUACGAGGGCGAACAAUACGGAGAUUCACGUCGGCAUCACGAUCGAGUCAGGGGAAGGCAAAUACAAGAUGACCAAGGUGGUCACUCUGGCUCCACGGUUCGUUAUCGAAAACAAGCUUGACGAGGAACUCAAUGUGCGGGAGUCGAGCACAUCCGGCUUCAUGACACUGAAGCCAGGGUCCUUCCAACCCCUUCAUUUUAUGCAAAAGACGCGCGUCAAGCAGCUCUCGCUCUGUUAUACGGGCGUGAACAACCAGUGGUCGUCGCCGUUCAAUAUCUCCGACAUCGGUACUACACACGUUAAAAUUGCCCGAGCGGGUCAGCGACAGCGCCUCAUAUGCGCUUCGAUCCUGAUGGAGGGGGCGACCAUUUUCGUGCAUCUUAGCAUGGAGACGAGGAACUGGCCAUACUCGAUGCGCAACGAGAGCGACGCCGAGCUCACGUUCUACCAGGCCAACCCCAAUGUCGAUGAUGACAGCGACGAGGACCGGUCCGGCUGGCGACCCAUUCGAUACCGGCUCCCGCCUCGCAGCAUCAUGCCGUAUGCCUGGGAUUUCCCCGCGGCCAAGCUCCGAGAGAUUGUCAUCUGUGCCCAAGGCAAGGAGCGGCACGUCAAAUUGGCGGAAAUCGGCAACCAGAUUCCCAUGAAGUUCGUCUCGUCGUCAGGCCAGCAGAAGAUCAUCGACAUCAACGUCGCUGCGGACGGGCCGACGCAAACUCUCAUCCUCUCCAACUUCCGGGCGUCCAAGAGCGUGUACCGGCAGAAGUCCAGGUCCGGGGGGUCACGCACGAGCACAGAAGGCUUCGAAGUCAAGGAGCAAGACACGGGAGCGACCUUCCGAGCGCAGCUUAGGCUUUCCGGCAUCGGCAUCUCGCUUAUCAACGCGCAUUUGAGCGAGCUGGCCUACAUCACGUUCCGCGACGUUCAGCUCCGGUAUCAGGAGUCGGCGCUCCACCAAACGUUCAGCCUGGCGGUCAAGUGGAUUCAGAUGGACAAUCAACUCUACGGCGGCCUGUUUCCUAUGAUCCUAUACCCCAGUGUCGUUCCCACCAAGGCCCAGGAGGUAGAAGCCCACCCGUCGAUACACGCGAUGGUCACCCGCGUCAAGGACGACUCGUACGGCGUCCUCUACAUCAAAUAUGCCACCGUCCUACUGCAGCAGAUGACGGUCGAGCUCGACGAAGACUUUGUGUACGCGGUGCUGGACUUCGCCAACAUCCCCGGCGCAACUUGGUCGGAGAAUGAGGACGAGGGCAGACUCUGCGACGAAGAGCUCGACAUACCCGAGCCGAAGCAGCAACAGUCUGGGCAGGACAUGUACUUCGAGUUCCUCAACAUCCAACCCAUGCAGCUCGACCUCUCGUUUAUGCGUACGGAACGCGUCAACGCCGAAGACAAGACGUCGUCGCGGAACCCGCUCAUGUUCUUCCUCAACGUCAUGACCAUGGCGAUCGGCAACGUCAACGAUGCGCCCAUCCGACUGAACGCACUCAUGCUGGACAACGUCAGGGUGUCGGUGCCGGCGCUGACGCAGAGCAUCUCGAACCACUACAGCCAAGAGGUGUUGUUCCAGGUCCACAAGAUCCUCGGGUCGGCCGACUUCUUGGGCAAUCCGGUCGGCCUCUUCAACAACAUCAGCUCGGGGUUGACCGACGUGUUUUACGAACCGUACCAGGGCCUCAUCCUCUCCGACAAGCCGGAGGACUUCGCCCUCGGGGUCGGCAAGGGCGCGGCAUCGUUUGUGAAAAAGUCGGUCUACGGCUUCUCGGAUUCGUUCUCCAAGUUCACGGGCAGUCUGUCCAAGGGCCUGGCGGCGGCCACGCUCGACAAGCAGUUCCAGGAUCGGCGCCGCAUCACCCGGGCGCGGAACCGACCCAAGCACGCGCUGUACGGGGUCACGGCGGGAGCCAAUUCGUUCUUCACGAGCGCGGCGUCGGGCGUCGGGGGUCUCGUGCGGAAGCCGCUCGAGGGCGCCGAGCAGGAGGGGGCGGUCGGAUUCUUCAAGGGCCUCGGCAAGGGCAUGGUGGGGUUGGCGACCAAGCCGGCGAUCGGCGUGCUGGACAUGGCGUCGAACGUGUCGGAGGGGAUCCGCAACACGACGACGGUGUUUGACGGGGCGGAGCUGGAGCGGGUGCGGUACGCGCGGUUCAUCCCCGCGGACGGCAUCGUGCGGCCGUACAACGCGCGCGAGUCGAUGGGGCAGUACUGGCUCAAGCAGGUGGACAACGGGAAGUACUUCAACGAGCAGUACAUCGCGCACCUGGAGCUGCCCCGGGAGGACAUGGUGGUCAUGGUGACGUACGCGCGCAUCCUGCUGAUCCGCAGCCGGCGUCUGACGUCGGAAUGGGACGUGCCGCUGAAGGACGUCCAGACUAUCGCCAAGGAGCGCACGGGACUGAGCCUGACGUUGCGAGGCGGCACCAACGGACCGUUUAUACCCAUAGGCGACGAGAGCGGGAGGACGUAUAUAUACAAAAUGGUGGCUGUGGCCGUGGAGGAGUUCAAUAGGCGGUUCCGGGGCUUGUAG